GCUUGAUCAAUGUGUGUUUGCGAUUUCCGAAGGUUUUCUGGAGGAUAAACACCCAGGUGAAUCUUAUUGACUUUUUAAUGUGAAGCAGAGAAAAACAACAGCUUCCAUUUCUCUUCAUCCAACUGGAUUUUGAUCCUUGGUCACCUUCCAGCAUCAGAAACUGGCUAUAACCAAUCAGCAGCUGAGGAAGAUUUUUUUUUAUUCAAACUCUUCUCCUCAGUAAAUACAUAGAGCAGGAUUCUUUCUGCUUGAGGAAUGUGCCGUAUUCAGUGCUUGUUUAUUGUUGUGUUUCUGCAGACAUGAGAUUUACUGAGAGUUGAUAAGACAGGACUUAACAAUGGCUGACCAAAGACUAAUCUGCCAUCAUGUUUCCGUGGAGACCGCUGACAUCUGAGUGUGUGACCCACCACCCUACUCAUCGCCAUGGAUACCUUAGCUCCACAGUCUGUGUUGGACCACAGGUCUAACAAGAAGGAAUCUCACUUGGUCUCGGAUCACAUCACGCGGCAGAAAUCGGCCAGCGGAGUGCAGAAUCGAGACCCAGAAACUGAGGAGGAAAUCGAUGUUAGGAUACCCCAGCCAUACAGAACAAGCUUCAGUGCUGUCCUCACACCGGCUAAAGUGAAAAAAGAAAGGAGUCGAUCAACAACUCCGACCCGGGUCCUAACAUCCAGCAUGAAAUCUGAACAUGGUGCCACCGCUCGUAAAGUGAGCCCUAAACAUGUGACUUAUGAUGCUAAAGUUACUGUGAGACAUUCAGACUCAUUUGAGCAUGAAACGGAUGUGCUUCAAGGGGAAGAGCUGAAUUCAAGUAUAGAUCCAGCUUUUGACCCUUCGUUUACUGAAUGUGAUAGUCCAAGGGAAAAAACUAAUUAUUCAACAAAAAUUAAGGAAAUGACUGAGUUAAUUGUGAAGGAAUACCCUGUGCAGAAUGGUGUAGAUGUGACAGAUUCUAGUCAAAAUAAUACAAAAAGGGUCAUGGGACGACAGAAUGCUAAAAAUGGAAUGGCCAAUGGGGGCUCUCCUACCAGACAAAAACCAAUGCCUCCUGUAAAUGAGUUGUCCAGGGAGUAUGAACAUGACCGUACAGUGAGUUAUAGACAGGCCAUCACCAACAAAUAUUCCGAAGAGGUGAAGAGACUUGCUGAGGCGAAGAUUGAAGAGAGGUUCCCACCAGGGGGCAGAAUCACGCACAAUAAUCUUGUGAAGGAUGUCAAAGCAGAGCGGUCCAAUUCUGUGCCUUCCCAUCCUGGUAGGGACAACAGUAACAGACUGACUCCAACAAAGCGGUCAGUUGGGGGCAGCAUUGGGAACUUCUUUAGGAAGUUGUCACCCAGACUUGGACGAAAAUCUCCCAAAGACAAAGGAUCUACCUCAAGUAUGGACACUGCUGGAUCUCAGCAGGAGGAGAGCUUCUCCAGAAAUAAAGUGAGAAGCUCUUUCCUGAAGCUGAUGGGUCGUUCCAAGCGACGGUCAAACUCCCAGUCCCGGAGCCAGGACAGUUUGGAUGAUUUUACUGCUGAUCGUGAAGCAGGCUUUGUCCAGGACGAGAAGCCAAACCAAAUUCCAACCGCUUCUAACAGAAUUCUGAAAUCCAUCGAACAAAACACCAUUGCUGAGAGAGAUGUUUACCAAAGAUUCAAAGAAAAGCAAUCACCAAAGAGUUUAUCUGAGGACCCUCAGCCCCAGGGUGAGGGUCAAAGACAAUCGAGACCCCAGGCCAUGAGAGCCACUGCAGCAGUGUCACCCCCGGGGAUGAACAAGGAGAACCUCACGGAGAUGGAUGGCCCCAGCACUAGUGGUGAACAUUAUAAAGUGGAACCUCAAGUUAGAGUGGCGUCCCCAAACUCUGUAGAUGUCCAUGUGGCAUCAAAGCCCCCCAGGAUCCUUCAAACAUCUGUACUGAGUUCAAACGAGGACUCCAUUGGCAAUUGUUCAUUGGACAACACGGUCACAGACAGUGAAUCUUCAUUGAAUCAAGGAGGAUCCAGUAACGACUCCAAGCUACCAGCGUUAGGAAGCAGAGAGAACACAAUCCGAUCAGAAAGUGCCCUCGGCCCAACCAGAGGGGACCGCUAUUCUGAAAAAGUUCGCUCAGCCUCAGAAAAUGGGGCAUUCUUCACAAACAUGCCAAAACUGGCCUCAACAGCGGAUGUGGAAUUCAAAGAGUGUACAAAUACUCCAUCAUAUUUAAAACUUAGUUGUGCUGUGAGUGGUUAUGGGAGAUAUAGUCAGUACAGUUCAUAUAAAUCUAUAGAGAAACGCUCACCAUAUUCUAGCUGUUCAUCUUUACAAUCGGAUUACAAAAUGCCGGUCACCAGAGUGACCUCCCCUAUGAGAAGGACUUCUGCCUCAAACAGUACUCUAGAACUGGGCCUUAUAUGUCCCCAGCCCUUAGUGUAUGAUAACGGACUUGUUACUAAUGGUGCAUCAGGGAACGGACAGGGUGUGUUACCAGACGAACACUACCCCACAGGAGACAAACAACAGGAUGGGGAAUACUUCCUGAGACUUACCCAGCAGUGGGAAGAUCGAUUAACAUCCCACUGUCGUCAGAUAGAGGGAGACCUAGAGAGUCCCAGCACCCCAGAGGAUGUGCGAGGUAAAAUCCGAGCAGCUGUGGGUAAAGCUAAUCUGCUGAUCUCUCAGAAGUUUAAGCAGUUCCGGGAGCUGUGUGCUGAACACAUGAAUCCUUCUGAGGAUGGUAAGGUGUUGAAGUGGGCAGACCUACAGGGGUUCUGGGAUAUGAUUAAGAUCCAGGCGGACAAUAUUGAUGACCACUUUGCGGAGCUGGACCUGAUGAGACAGAAUGGAUGGAAGGAACUCGCAGUCCAUUCAAGAGGAAGUUCUGUAAAUUCAAGUCCAAAGUCCGGAAGUAUAUCACUGAGUAAUGGUAGCACACCUAGCGGAACACCGGGAUCUCGAAGGAAAACUCCCAAAGCAAAAGACACGCCAGAUUCCUCGCCCGAGAGAACGGAAAAAAUGAGGGCAGCAGCAAAGGCACGCGAGGAGGCGCGCAAGAAAAUGCUGGCGGAUCGACGGGCAGCAAUGAAACAGAAACAAAAACAGGAGGAUGUGGAGAUAUUCGUCUCCUGAAAACGGAUGAUAAUGUACGAAAAUGUACAAGUCUGUCGAGGUGGUAUUCAACUCCUCAAAGAAGUGAAAACAGACCUUAUUUAUUACUGAACUGCCAAAGUGUCAAGUAUUCUGAAGCAAGUACUGGUGCCAUAGAAAAGGUGUUAUGAUUUCAUUUUGAUGUGAACUGAACAAAUUCAAAAGGCCAAGAGAAAAUUUCGGAAGAUUUUUAAUAGUGAUAUCGCACACUAUUCGUGGCCAGCAAGUUCACUAUAUACUCCCUGUCUGAAAAAAGAUUGGAUUUUACUUGUAUCUGAUGUUGUUAUGGCUUGGAAACUUUGUGGUUGAUAUCCAAUGUGCAAUAUUUGUGAAUUCCAAGGUUUCGCUGUGUGUAUUGCAUUGUUGACAUCCUGGGGUAAUUUGACCAUCAUGUAUAAGUGGUCAUGGGUAUUUAUGUCGCUGUUGUUGGGAACAACAGAUUCAACAUAAUGCAUAUUUAUUUACAAUGCCAAAUGUGCCAAGAGGUAUUUUGGUAAAGAGAAUUUUGCAAGGUUUUGAGGAAAAAUGUUUUCUCUAGGGGGAGAAUAUUUUGUUUAUGCAUACAAUAUUCACGUUUUAAACACUGGAACAGAAAAUUUAUGCAAAUCUAGUCAUCAGUGAGAAACAAUCAAUGAGCAUCUAAAUGAUUUGAAAAACAGAGAAUUUUAUGACUCGUUAUGCAUUGUUCUGCUCUUGGGAUAAAUAAACAUAUGUAAUAUAUUUUUCUUAUCUACAACCAUUUUGAAAAAAAAGUGGAAUGGAUUUUCCAGACUUCAAACUUUCAAAAAACUUUCGCACUUCGAAUUUGUAUUUGAAAGAUUGAUGUCUGGUGAAAUUGGAUUGUUAAAAAAAGCUGGAUAUUUUGUUGAAUUUCCCAAGACAAAUUCCUUGCAAAUAUUUCUAAGGGAGGUAAUUCAGAUUGGCAUGAAAUUUUUGCUUCGUUUCGUAUUAAAUGAUAUAUGUAUAAAUAUAGGUGUAUAGAUAUUUUGCUCAUGCUUACAUAUAACAUUGCUCAUAUGUUGAAGCCAUUUUAAAUAAGACCCAUUUUUCUUCUACCUUCUGUUCAGAAAUAGAUUCAAAGCAGUUAAAAUAGAUGAUCUGCACAUGUUGAAAUUGAGUUACUUUUUUUGCAUGCAAUUUUUAAAAAUUAAAUUCUUGUCUAUGGAGAUAUUCACUUGGAUUUUUAAACAAUUGUUGUUUUAACCACCAUGAAUAUUCUUUGUUUUAAUGAUUGCAUUACAAAUGUGUAAGAAUUGCUUGAUAGCUUUCUUAAAUUUUUCUAUUAAACAAUAAAAUCAGUCGUACACACACCAGUGUAUGGACAUGUUUAUGAUGAAUCUCAUAGCUCUCUCAUUGUCGUCAGUUAUUUAUUUGUUACUUGUUAAUGAGUUGCAUCGGUUAUCAUAUGGUUAUAAAUAUCGUAUUUUGUUAUUAGAGCCAAUGUUUGUGUUGUGAAUCCAUUGUAUCGCAGAACUUUUAUCACUUAUGGUACUUCAUCAUACCAAGUUUUCAUUUGUCUAAAUGCUGUUCUUUUUUUUCUCUUGGAAAAUUUUUUUUUUUCAUUAAAAUUGUCUUUCUGUCAACCCAGGGGGAAAAAAUAUCCUACAAUAAUACUUUAUCAAAAAAGUAAAUGUUGUGAAUUUGAAACAUAUUUGUUAACAUUAAUGUUACAAUAAUCGCAGUGCCUAUUUUAUUUCAUUCAAUAAAAUGUUACCAGAUUA